UGGGCGCCGGCUCCGGCCGAGGUCCUAGGGCGGCUGGUGGCGCCCACCGGCUGGCCUUCGCAUCCAGUCGCCUGGAACAUGCUCGCUAGUCUAGCUGCUCCUGGAAAUCGUGACCCUUUGGAGGUGGGAGGGACGCUCGCUCCGCCCUGCCCGGCCGUCCCUCUCUGAGGCGCGAGUGCUGCGAGGAGCAGGCUCGUGUACAAAAAAGCUUGAAGACCUCUUGUGCUUAAAAACGUGUCCCUUCUCGACAGAAACAGAAUUCUCCUACACUGUCAGUGUUUGUUCAGACCAGAUGGCCAAAAGAAAGGAAGACGGUUUCUUCUCUCCUGAAAAUGCCAAAAGACCAAGACGAGAAUCAGAGGAUUUUGAUAAAGAUAGUGAUGAAGAUGAAUGUGCUGUUUCUUUGACUAAAGACAGCUCUACAUUGACUGCGGCAGACGUUGGGAUAAUAGAGAGCAUUCAUCUAAAAAACUUCAUGUGCCAUUCGAUGCUGGGGCCCUUCAAGUUUGGCUCUAAUGUCAACUUCGUUGUUGGAAACAAUGGAAGUGGAAAGAGUGCCGUACUCACAGCUCUCAUUGUUGGGCUUGGUGGAAAAGCAGUCGCUACUAACAGAGGCUCCUCUUUGAAAGGCUUUGUGAAGGAUGGACAGAACUCAGCGGAUAUCACAGUCACACUGAGGAACAGAGGAGAGGAUGCCUAUAGAGCAAAUGUGUAUGGUGACUCCAUAGUUGUGCAGCAGCACAUCACCCUGGAUGGAAGUCGGUCCUAUAAGCUAAAAAGUCAGACAGGCACUGUGGUUUCUACUAGGAAAGAAGAGCUGGUUGCAAUUCUUGAUCAUUUUAACAUCCAGGUAGAUAAUCCUGUUUCUGUUCUAACACAAGAAAUGAGCAAGCAGUUCUUACAGUCUAAAAAUGAGGGAGACAAAUACAAAUUUUUCAUGAAAGCAACUCAACUUGAACAGAUGAAGGAAGACUACUCAUACAUUAUGGAGACAAAAGAAAGAACAAAGGAGCAGAUAAAUCAAGGUGAAGAGCGACUUACUGAACUAAAGCGCCAGUGUUUGGAGAAAGAGGAACGUUUUCAAAGUAUUGCUGGUUUAAGCACAAUGAAGACUAAUUUAGAGUAUUUGAAACAUGAAAUGGCCUGGGCAGUGGUCAAUGAAAUUGAGAAACAGUUGAAUGCUAUCAGAGAUAAUAUCAAGAUUGGAGAAGAUCGUGCUGCUAGGCUUGAAAGGAAAAUGGAAGAGCAGCAGGUCAAACUUAAUGAAGCAGAAAAAAAAUACGCUGAUAUUCAGGAUAAACUAGAAAAGAUUAGUCAAGAGACAAAUGCACGAGCCCCCGAGUGUAUGGCACUGAAGGCAGAUGUCAUUGCUAAGAAAAGGGACUACAAUGAAGCUGAGGUUUUAUAUAAUCAUUCCCUAAAUGAAUAUAAAGCGUUAAAGAAAGAUGAUGAGCAGCUUUGUAAAAGAAUUGAGGAACUUAAAAAAAGUGCUGAUCAGUUUUUGGAAACUGAACGGUUGGAAAGACAAAAAAAAAUAUGGUGGUUAAAGGAGAGAUUAAAGGCUUUUCAAGACCAGGAAAAUUCAAUCAAUCAAGAGAUGGAGCAGUUUCAGCAGGCUAUAGAAAAGGGCAGAGCAGAACACGACAGGAUUAGGAGAGAAGAAUUAGAUGUGAAGCAUGCACUGAACUAUAGUCAGAGGCAACUGAAAGAAUUAAAAGAUAGUAAAACCGAUCGACUGAAACGAUUUGGUCCUCAUGUUCCAGCUCUUCUGGAAGCAAUCGAUGAUGCUUACCGACGGGGAUAUUUUACCCAUAAACCUGUCGGCCCUUUAGGAGCCUGCAUUCACCUACGGGACCCUGAACUCGCCUUAGCAAUCGAAUCUUGCUUGAAAGGACUUCUGCAAGCCUAUUGCUGCCAUAAUCACGCCGACGAAAGAGUACUUCAGGCGUUAAUGAAAAGGUUUUAUUCUCCUGGAACCUCACGGCCACAGAUAAUAGUUUCAGAAUUCCAGAAUGAAAUGUAUGAUGUAAGACACAGAACUGUUCAUCAUCCAGAGUUUCCAACAGUUUUGACAGCACUAGAAAUAGACAAUGCAGUUGUUGCCAAUAGCCUGAUUGACAUGAGGAACAUAGAGACCGUGCUGCUAAUCAAAAAUAAUUCUGUAGCUCGUGCAGUAAUGCAGUCCCAGAAGCCACCCAAAAAUUGUAGAGAAGCUUUUACUGCUGAUGGUGAUCAGGUUUUUGCAGGACGUUACUAUUCAUCAGAAAAUACAAGGCCUAAGUUCCUAAGUAGAGAUGUGGAUUCUGAAAUAAGCAACUUGGAGAAUGAAGUUGAAAAUAAGAAAGCCCAAAUAGUAAAUCUUCAGCAACAUUUGUCUGCCCGUGAAAAGGAUAUUAAACAAAAUGAAGAACUUCUUAAAAGGUGCCAGCUACAUUAUAAAGAGUUAAAGAUGAAAAUAAGAAAAAGUAGUUCUGAAAUUCGGGAACUUGAAAAUAUAGAAGAACACAAAUCUGUAGAUAUUGCAACCUUGGAAGAUGAAGCUCAUGACAAUAAAAUGAAAAUGAAAAUGACUGAGAAGCAGAUGGAGCAACAAAAAAAAAAUUUGGAGCAUUUUAAAAGUCUGAAAAUAGAAGCAGAAAACAAGUAUGACACAAUUAAAUUGAAAAUUAAUCAACUGUCAGAGCUAGCAGACCCACUUAAGGAUGAAUUAAACCUUGCUGACUCUGAAGUGGAUAACCAGAAGCGAGGAAAGCGGCAUUAUGAAGAUAAACAGAAAGAACACUUGGAUACUUUAAAUAAAAAAAAGCGGGAACUGGACAUGAAAGAAAGAGAGCUUGAGGAGAAAAUGUCACAAGCAAGACAGAUCUGUCCAGAACGAAUAGAAGUAAAAAAGUCUGCAUCAAUGCUAGAUAAAGAAAUUAACCGAUUGAGACAAAAGAUACAGGCAGAGCAUGCUAGUCAUGGAGAUCGAGAGGAAAUAAUGCGGCAGUACCAGGAAGCAAGAGAAACCUAUCUUGACCUGGAUAGUAAAGUAAGGACUUUAAAAAAGUUUAUUAAGUUACUAGAAGAAAUAAUGACCCACAGAUACAAAACGUAUCAGCAAUUUAGAAGGUGUUUGACAUUACGAUGCAAACUGUACUUUGACAACUUACUAUCGCAGCGGGCCUACUGUGGAAAAAUGAAUUUUGACCAUAAGAACGAAACUCUUGCUAUAUCAGUCCAGCCUGGCGAGGGAAACAAAGCCGCCUUCAAUGACAUGCGGGCGCUGUCGGGCGGCGAGCGGUCCUUCUCCACCGUGUGCUUCAUUCUCUCCCUGUGGUCCAUUGCAGAGUCACCCUUCAGAUGCCUGGAUGAGUUCGAUGUCUACAUGGAUAUGGUUAACAGGAGGAUCGCGAUGGAUAUGAUACUGAAGAUGGCAGAUUCCCAGCGUUUCAGACAGUUUAUCUUGCUUACCCCACAAAGCAUGAGCUCUCUUCCUUCCAGUAAAUUGAUUAGAAUUCUGCGGAUGUCUGACCCUGAAAGAGGACAAACUACAUUGCCUUUCCGACCUGUGACUCAGGAAGAUGACGAUGACGGAAACUGAACUGUGAUUUAACAUGGCUCUUCCUUGGGGGAGCAUCUGUGAGAGGCAGGAAUUCUGGCUGUUCAAGGGACUAAAACAAGUCUGGAUCAUGCCACAGUAAAAUUAGGAGCUCCUGUCACCUGUCCACAGUGAGACAUGGGAAUCAGCUGGGAAAACCAAGUACAACCAGCAAUGUAAAACCACUAUUGCUUCUUUUGAGAAAAACCAGUUUUAGAGUGCUGGUUUUAAGUCUUUUUGAGUUUGUUUGGUUUUGAGGAUUUUUUUAAACCAUCUACUUUUAUAGAUUCUCUUUUGGAAAUAACCUUUUAUACAUGUGUACAUGUACAUAUCUGUUUAGUUCAGGUUCAUUUCUAUGGUAUUUUGUAAAAACUAAAAUAAAAGUUUGAGUACUGGUUUAUAUUUAGUUUUGCUUUUCCAGAGUAUUACGUUGUAUAGCCAAAUGAUCAAACACCAGAAGGGAGGGAUUUCUCAUUCUAUAGAGUACGUCACCAGGGUGGUCUUGGGACACAAACUGGCUUACCGUGGAUUUAUUGUUCAUCAUGAGGGACUUACACAGGGCGUAAGUGGGCUCCUGCCUACAGGUAGUUUUUACACUAGAGGCAACUGUAGAUUUGGACCGUAACUUUUCCUUGUAUUUCAUCAAAUUUAGUAAGAUGCUGUCUGUUUACGGUCCACUUGUGAAGCCCUGAGGCAGUCUCCACUGUGGUACUCUGGCUGGGUUGGAAACCCUCAGUUGGAGUCCGGGGCUCUCAGGUCGGGCUCUGCUGAGAGGACACAGGCCAGAGGGACCCCUCUAAGCAGGCUGGGCAUCCGCAGUGAGCUUGUUGCUAUGUGAGUCAGAGGCCACACUGCUGGGGGAGGAAGCACCGGAGGUCAGCUGUGGGCUCUUCCUGAUUUUAAAGAUGCUGAGAAGUGCUGCCUGGAUGAUCAGAUAUAUUUUACCACUAAACAUGGUAUUUAUGAACUUUUUUAAAGAAAGCAUGACUAGGACAUCUUCUGUAUGUGUUGAUCUAGGAGUAGUGCAAAACUUUUAAACAUACACUGAAUACCAAAAGUAUUCCUUAUAUUACUAGCAAUAAAUAUUAGAGUACAUAUUUAUAACAUUGAAAGGGGAAGUAUUUCAAGAUGUACCUUAAGAGUAGGGACAUUUAUGUUGCUAUUGAGAAAAACUGGAUUUUUGAGAAGACGGGAAACUUGUGCUUUCUAAUGUAAGAAUGUACAAUAGUGCUGAGUGUUUUAAGCAUUCUCCACUAGCCAUACAACCCUAAGUUACACUUGUAACUCAUUUGUAUGAAAGGUAUUCCGCAUUCAUGUGCUUUUCAAAUAAAAACAAGAGUUUACCAUCUGCA